AUGUCGGCUACCUAUGACUCUUCGGCUACCCUAUUGAAUGCUACAUGGGUUGCUGUCUUGCUGCGCGAUGUAGCCGGGCAGAUCCCACUGAAUUUCGUGACGAACCCUGCUGUAUCUAUAUCGGCUGCCUGUUUUGGGAAUGGGGUUUACGACAAAGAAGAUGCUGUGCAAUGCUUCUCCAAUCUCCUCGCAAUCGGAUAUCGGCGGCUCGUUGUCGAUGUAUACUGGUCUGUCACUCGUAGGAGCUGGUCAUUUUGCCCGGUGAAUGUUCCAGCCAAGUCCGACGUGACUGUCUCCAGCGAAACGUCUACUGUGAGCGCAACCUCGGAGACUUCCACUGUCACCACGGCCGAGACCACGACUACAGCUCUGAGUGCCGACCCGGCGACCAUCACCGGAUAUGAAAAUUCACACGGGGAUACUCUCUAUGAACUGGGACAGUAUAGGUGCACUGACGAUCUUGAUCCAUUUACACUGGCCGAAGUGCUCGUUGGAUAUUUCAAAGAUACCAACUCCCAGUUGACCGUGUAUACGUCAUACCUGGUCCUGAAUCUCCAUGUCGCCGCAAGUGAUGCCACGCCAGACGAACCAGCUCCUUCAAUCACAGGAGAUGACUUGCCCUCUGGGUCAGAACGAGUUGGAUCUAUGUUUGGAACAGCUCUAGGUGACUUCAUCUACAGCCCCGUCCAGCUUGCGACAGACCGACGAAAUCUCAAUGAUUCUUGGUAUCGGGUUGAGCAGAGCUAUAUGCCGAUUACCGAGUACUACACUAUUCAUGAAAAUGAAGCGGGAGAACAGAGUACCCCGGAUGGAUGGCCAUCAUCGAAGUAUAUCCAAUUAGCAAAACGUGAUCGAGUGCUCAUUGAAUACGGCACUGUUGAUCCACAGCUGGCGGAUUAUGACUUGACCGUUGAUGAGAAUGCAAUCUUCCCUCCGGGAUACCUAUCAGCCACCUCAAAGGUCUCUGCGACCACCAAUGGCACACUAACCUCAGGUUGUCUCUACAAACCAGGUGCUACGGAUGUGGCUCAGGCAAACUCAUCAUGGGGUGUAUCCAAUUAUGUACCGGUCCCUGCUGGCCUUUCCGUCGACGAGACCAUGGGGUCAAUAUCCAACGCCAUCAUCGAUAUCACAGCUUGUGGUAUGUCACCAACACUCAACACCACCCUGUUUGGGUCAACUGCCGAUACUCAAAUCGAGCACUAUCGCAAUGUUUCUCUGUCCUCUUCUUGGGCCUGGGCUAUUGGCGAGCCACAUGAUGCAAACUUUGCCGGUGGUGACGGAGACCCCAAAUAUGACCGCUGUGCAAUCAUGGAUUUAACACUGGAGGGUCAUUGGCGGUCCACCAAUUGCACAGAGCAGCGGCGGGCUGCCUGUCGAAUCGGAAAUUCGCCUUUCUCCUGGGUCCUUUCGGAUACCUUUGCAUAUUUCUCUAAUGUUUCCGAUACCUGUCCGGAAGGAUCAAGCUUCGCUGUUCCGCGCACCGGACUUGAAAACCAAUAUCUUUACCGCCAUCUUCUCUCCUUGCCCGAGUCGAAAAUCGACCCGGGCUCAUCGAAUGCUCUUCUCCGUGAGAUAUACGUGAAUUUCAAUUCCAUUGAUGUUACCUCCUGCUGGGUCUCAGGUGGCUAUGGGGCUAGUUGUCCGUAUGCCUCUGACCCACAGCAGCUCGAGCGGAAAACAGUGCUUGUCGCGGCGGUAGCUGGUAUAAUCAUCGUUGUCAUUGCUGCUUUGACUUUCUUUGUCAAGUGUAAUGCCAAUCGCCGGAACUCGAGACGGAGAAAGCGUGCCAUUGACGGGUGGGAAUACGAAGGUGUUCCCUCCUGA